GACGCGAGGCUCGGGCUUCCGCCUUGGGGAGCCGGCGGCGGAGUCCGGGACGCGGAGACCUGGGGUCCCGGCAGCUGAGCGGCCCGCGGGCCCAAGGUUGGGGAUGCACCGCCGCGGGGUGGGAGCUGGCGCCAUCGCCAAGAAGAAACUUGCAGAGGCCAAGUAUAAGGAGCGAGGGACGGUCUUGGCUGAGGACCAGCUAGCCCAGAUGUCAAAGCAGUUGGACAUGUUCAAGACCAACCUGGAAGAAUUUGCCAGCAAACACAAGCAGGAGAUCCGGAAGAAUCCCGAGUUCCGUGUGCAGUUCCAGGACAUGUGUGCAACCAUUGGCGUGGAUCCGCUGGCCUCUGGAAAAGGAUUUUGGUCUGAGAUGCUGGGCGUGGGGGACUUCUAUUACGAACUAGGUGUCCAAAUUAUCGAAGUGUGCCUGGCGCUGAAGCAUCGGAAUGGAGGUCUGAUAACUUUGGAGGAACUACAUCAACAGGUGUUGAAGGGAAGGGGCAAGUUCGCCCAGGAUGUCAGUCAAGAUGACCUGAUCAGAGCCAUCAAGAAACUAAAGGCACUUGGCACUGGCUUCGGCAUCAUCCCUGUGGGCGGCACUUACCUCAUUCAGUCUGUUCCAGCUGAGCUCAAUAUGGAUCACACCGUGGUGCUGCAGCUGGCAGAGAAGAAUGGCUACGUGACUGUCAGUGAGAUCAAAGCCAGUCUUAAAUGGGAGACCGAGCGAGCGCGGCAAGUGCUGGUAUGCAACUUUGGGAACAGUCCAGAAAAGACAGGCAGGCCCCAGUUGGGAGGAUGUGGGUUCCACAAACGCAGGAAUUUCAGCAUUGCUUUGCUGGCCUUCUGCCUUGAAGGCUACUGCUGCCAUGCUAGAAGGAAGCCCAGCACUUCUCUGAAGAUGGCACCAAAAAGGUAGAACUAGGAAGGCAGUUUCCUAACUCUGGUGUGCACACAAUACCAGGCUGCCCCUGCUACUUGGGGAACCGACACUCUCUCCUGAACAUGCUGAGCCUGGAGUUGCUGGUCAGGAGAUUAAUGUAGUUUGUACUGGAAGUAACACUGUUAGUACAAUGAAUUAUUAACUAUGUUAAUUACGUAUCUGUAAUUAUCCACUAAGCAUUAUAUUGCAUAGUAUAUACUCUAGCUUUAUAUAUACAAAUUUCAUGGUACUGAAGAAUGAAGAGGGAGCAAUGGAAGAAUGUAAGGGUGAAGAGGGAGCAAUGUAAGAAUGUAAGAACUCCGGUUUCAGUACCUUUUUUCCUUAUCCAAGCAACUCAACUGUCUAAACCUUUCAUUUCAUCUGUAAAAUGGGGAUAACAUAAUUAUUUACCUAAUGAUACUGGACAGAAACAACCCAUUUUGAGCAUAUUUCCAGCUCUAGGAACUGAGUCUAUUCUUGCAUAAGUAUGGUCAAUCAUGUUUGCUACCCAGUAUAAGUUAACUCAAAGGUAGCUAAACAGUGAUCUCUGUUUAGUUUCUGGGAAAAUGGAGGCAGUGAUUUGCUGAAGGCCAUAUAAGCAAAUAUUUCUGUAACCAUGUGUUCUUUCCACUAUAUCCCACUAUCCUAGGCUUUACCCCUCUUCCUCAGCAGCACAAAUUAAGUGACUUUGUAGCAUUUUUCAAAUUCAGGCAAAGGCCAAGGCCAAACAGCUCAUUUAGUUGGUUGUGUAAAUGUUCGAAGGCACUUAGUAGAUUUAGUUUGAAAACCUCACUGAAGCCAAAAUAGGUGUGGGGGUUGCUUACCUACCCUUUGUCUAUGGAACCUCCCUGUUCUCAAACCGCUCUUCUUCCCUUUUCCCUCCAGGAACACCUGCUGAAGGAAGGGUUGGCGUGGCUGGACUUACAGGCCCCAGGGGAGGCCCACUACUGGCUGCCAGCUCUCUUCACUGACCUCUACUCCCAGGAGAUUACAGCUGAGGAGGCCAGAGAAGCCCUCCCCUGACUGCGUGUGGAAGGGCACACAGCAGCAGGCAGGGAGGAGGAGGAGGUGGCAAAUAAACCUGGGCAGUUUUGUUUAUAAAAAACAUA